AUGGAAAAUAUAGUCGUGGCUGUUAAUGACUCUUCACACUAGAUUCCAUAGCAAAGUUAAAUAAAAAAGGAUGAGAGUAGCUACUAAGUCAACAAAAGCGGUAUAAUUGCAAUCGAUGAUUCUAUAUCUUAACAAAAGCAAAAUGUAGGGGAAUUUGAAUUAAACUCAGUAUCUAAAUACAUGAAGCAGGAAGGAUAAUUAAAUAAAUUAAAUGAUAUUGAUAGCAACAAUUGUAACAUUAUUGAGGAUCUUUCUGAUAUUCAUAGUAGAGAUAAUUUAGAUUAAAUCAAUAAUAAUAUUACAAGUAAUAGUGUUGUACGCACUUAAACAUAAAUAGAUAAGCCUAAGAUUAACAUAAUAAAGAGUGAAUCAAUAAAAGAAGAUUAAGAAUAAUAAAAUGAAAUUAAUGAAGAAGCCAGCUUCGGUAAUAUAGAAGAGUAGCAGCAAGAUUAAAAAGAAGUAUAAGGCGAAAAUUAGUUAAUUGAUUUUGAUAAUAUUGAAGAAAUGAAAAUAAUUGCUUAAGCAGUAUCUUCUAUUUAGCAUAAUUAGGAUAAAAUGAUAGAAAAUUGUAAUAAUUAAAACUAGCACAAGAAAAUGGUUUCUGAAACUGAUAUGAAACUUCAAAAUUUUGAUAAGAGCCAUAUAGAAUUUGAUAGGAGUUAUAUUAAUAUGAAUGAUCAUUCUAAAUUAAACUCAGCAAACUAAUCAAUGAUAGGAAUAGAUUCAAACACUUCUAGAUUUAUUGUACAUGAUUUUUCAUCUAAUACUCGUAGAGAUGCAACUUUCAUCAAUGAAGAUCAAGAAAAAGAUAUAUCAGCGCUGCAAAGGAUAAAUGAUAAUACUCACGUUCCUCUCAAUAACCAUGAUUUUGACUAAAAUAUGCAAACAUUUUAGAAUUAGCUCGAUCAAUCUUAAUUUAACAAUAUAGGAAAUAGUAUAAAUCUUAAGAAUAUGAACAUAGCAACAAGCUAGGAGCUAAAUAAAAAGCUCUGUGAUAAUGUUCCUGAAUCGACAAAUAAUGCUAUCGGUUCAACACAUAUUGGAUUAACGAGCACAACAGAAAGAUAAGUGACCAAUAAGUAUAAGAUGAGGUAGAGAUAACUCAAUUUACAGAUUAAUGUUGAGGAGAUAGAAAAAUAGGAGCAAAAAAGAUAAGCUAUAAGAGCAAGAAUUCAAGAAGAGCAACUUAAAAAACAAUAAUAAUAACAGUAAUAGCAAUAAAUUUCAAUAGGAAAUUAAAAUAAUAAUGCAAAUGAAGAAGCUAACCGUUAAGUAAAUGAAGAAAAUAUUUAGUUAAAACGAAAGAGAGAUAAUUAAAAUGAGCAUAGAAAUGUUUAAAAUGGAACUGACGAAAGCAAUAUGAAUUAAAAUAAUAAUGAUGAAAGCCAAUUUGAAAACAAUUUAAGCAACUAAAUAUUCUAAAAAACCUUGAUAGUAUAGCUUAAGUUGUGUAUUUUAUCAGUUUUGGGAUUUCUAGUUUUUUUUGAUGAAAAAGUGAUCAACAAUAUCUUUAUCUUCGUCUCACUUAUCAUUUUUAUGAUAUUUUUUUACAAGGGAAUUAUUGCCAUCAGAGUUUAUAACCGCAUCAAGAUUUUAAAUGUGCAGGAUAAAUUUUAGUUGGUAGAAACGUGUAGCUUAUUUUUAUUAUUUGUGGCUCUAUAUAUAGUAGUUCAAAACUUUCACUAUUCAUCGACUCUAGUUUUAAUUUAUACUCCAUUUAUACACAUAUUUUGGUGGAGAUCAGUCAUGAAAAGAUCAAAUUCUAGUAGCUUUAUUACUAAUAUUCAACUCUUUUUCAGAAUAUUUGUAUUUAUAUAAUGCUUUAUCAUCGCAUUGAGAUAUGAUAAAUUUAUAUAAUGGGAUUGGCUUGUAGUCUUCAUACCUUGCUGGUUGCUGCUAGUUGGAUUUAUCUUUUAUUUUAUUCAAAUUUUUAUAUUGACAGUUUGGUAUUACAUCAACUUUUUAAGGGGACAAGCUUCUUCUACUGAUGCAUUUGGAUUCCUGUGGGGCAUGAUUUCUUUUACUAUUUAUGCUGUAUGUUUCUAUUUUGGAACUGUUUCUCUAAUGCAAUAUUUUGACAAUCAGGGUUAUGUUUAAAUUUAAAAGACUAUGCUAUUAUAUAUUAUAAUGAACUUUUGUCUAUUGUUGUUUGAUAUCUUGUUUAGGGAAAGGAUUAAAAAGUAUAUAUUUGAAUAGAAUAGAGAAAAAUUAAGAGAAGAAUAACUACAAUAAAACUAAGAGGAAAUUAGGAGAAACAUAGAAAAUAAUAUAUAAAAUAUAAUUAGAUAAUCAGGAUCAACGCAUUCGAAUAUCGAGGAAGUUUAAUAAAAUAACUAAAAGAUAAAAAAGAAGUACUUAUAAAGCAAUAUAAAAUCCAGAAAUUUUAACAUCCCUCUUUUUAUGGUUUAGAACUCAACAACUUACUUCAGGUAGGUAGAUUAAAUAAAAAAAGAUAUAGAGAAUUAAUAAAACGAAAUUAUUGAUACUAACAGAAUUGGAAAUACCUAGAGGUAAUUGAGAGAAAUAGCUAAUAUGAAAGAAAAAGAGACAAUUACAGAUAGGUAAAAAGAUCAAUCUUUAGCAUCAAGGAAUAUGCUUAUGAAUCAUUUAAGCAACUAAAACGAAAGUAACCUUAACGGUUUACCAAUAGAGAGAUUAGAAAAUCUAAUUAAUUCUCCAAAAAAAGAUAUGAUAUAUUAAUAAAAGACAUUUAACCAAACUAGACAUGCUUAAUUGCCUAAUAAUAGGGUAGGGUAAUAAAGAAAUAGUGUUAAAAGCGAUUAAAAUUAAAUAUACUGCCCUUCUGUUAAAUCAUUUAACUCAGACAAAGAGUAACAAACUUGUCUUGUUUGCUUUGUAAAUUAGCCAAAUUCCGUUCUAAUGCCAUGCGGCCAUGGAGGAAUAUGUGCAGACUGUGCUAAAGAUGUUUGCAAAAAGAAUGGAUGCUGCUACUUGUGUAGACAGGAAAUUUAAAAUAUAUACUAACUUGAAAGUGGAAACAAUAACAAUAACUAAGGAAAAUACAGAAAAGUUAUAGGAAUAACUGAAGUAAGGAGAAAAUAAAAAAAGAAACGCGCUGUAGAUUCAACAAAUCAAAUUAAUUGA